AUGGAAGACAGUGAUAAUGAUGAUGCAAAACUCAAAGAAGAGAUAGAAGCUGAAUUGGAUAAAAUCAGUAUUUCCUCCUUGGAACAAGAUGAGGUUGAGAGUGAGUCAAACUCAGAAACUCUAAGUGAAGGUAGUGAUGCAGAUUUAGAAGAAUUACCAGAGUCAGUUCUUCACUGCAUCAACAUUAUAAAGAACAAGAGUAAAACUGUUGAAGAACUCCUUCUUCAGGAUUUAGAAGACACCAAUGUUUUAAGUAAUUAUGGAACAGUUUCUGAUAAUCAUAUGCAUUUAAGGAUAGGAUUAUCAACUGAAUAUAAAGAAAAUCAGGAACAACUAAUGAAGAUAUUAACUGAAAUAGAAAAAGAAGAAUUUAUGAGAAGUAAUUCCCAUUGUGAGAAUCCUGACUUGGUUCCUGAGCCUGAUCUUUGUGAAUUGCCUAUGGAUGAACAUGCUUUACCAGAUGAUGCUGAUAUAAAUUUUGGAUAUUUUGAAGUUGAAGAAAGAUGUAGACAGUCUUUUGAAGCCUGGCAAGACAAACAGAAAGAACUAGAAGAUAAAGAUAAAGAAAUUCUCAAAGCUCAGAGGGAUAAAGAAGAAAAGCAAUUUCAAGAGGAAGAAGAAAAGAGACAUUGCUGGAUGAAACAAUUUGAGGUUGAAAAGAAAAAAUUAGAGAAUAUACAGAAGCAAGAACAGGACAAGAUGAAUGAGGAGCUCCAUGAAGAAGAGAAAAUGUGGAAAGAAAAAUUUAAACAGCAUGAGGAAUUUAUGAGAAAUUUGCAUGUACAAAUGGAAGAGGAAAGAACAAGGUUCAAGGAUCUACAAGAAAAAGAAAAGAUGCGUUUGUUAGAACUGCAGCAUAAUGCAGCUGUAAAAAUUCAAGCUAAAUAUAAAGCAUUCAUAAUCUACCAAAAAUAUAGCCCCAUAAUUAGAGACCGAAUAGAAAGAAAACAAAGGAAAGAAAAAGAGUUGAAAGAAAAGGAAGCAAAUAUACGACAGAAAGAGGGAGAAAAUAGGAAAAAAUUAGAGGAAGAACAAAGGAUAGAAGAAGAGAUAAAAAAACAGAAGCAAGAGGAAAGGAAAAGGAGAGAAAAGGUAUAUGAAGAAAAAAAGAACAUCCUGAGACGAGAAAGAGAGGAACUGAGACGAGAAAGAGAGGAACUACAAAACAAGGAAAAAUUAAAAUUAAUAGAAGCUGCAAGCCAACAGCUUAUAAUAAAUACCACAUUAAAGAAGGGAGAACAUAAUGCCAAACAUUUAACUAUUGAAGAUAAGUCAAAGAAUAAGGGUGACAUAGCCAAAGAAUUAGUGUAUGAAAAUUCAAAGAAGCAGGAAAAUGUUCCUCUUUGGGUAGUUAAGAAAUCGAAUAAGAGUGAAAAUAUAGGUAGUCAGUUUGUCUUGAAAGAACCAAUACAAGAACAAUUGAAAUCAAACCAAGCCAUUUUGGCAGAAUUAAAAAUAGAAGAAACAAAUGAAAGCCUAGCAAAAAACCAGUGUUCUCAAAAAAUGAUUAAGCAAGAAAUAAAAUAUGAAGAUAUGUACAAAAGAACUGAAUUAGAAAUCUUAGAUCUAAAAGAAAAUAUAAUUGAACAGUUUCAGCAAGAAUUAAAGACACAAACACAAAACCAGGAAAGGGUGGAAUAUGCCAUAAAGGAAAAUGAGGGGGGAAAAGUCCAAAUAAUAGUAUUAGAAUGUAAUGAAGAAAUGAAUGAUGUGAAGAGCAAUGAAGCACAGAAAAUAAUAGAAUUUAGUGAACAGAAAAUGAUACAAAAAGUAGAAAAAGAAGAGAUAUCACAAGGGAAUGGAUUAUAUGAAGAGAAUACUUCCAUUAUUUCAAUAAAGCAAAAACUACUACCAUUAAAAUUAGAAAAUGCUGAAACUGUGGAGGAAUAUCCAAUACUACAAGAAAAGGAAAUUAACUUAAAAUCCAAAGAAGCUGAGGAAAACUCAAAAGACAAUACUCUAAAUAGUGACAUUAUGUUCUUUAACAUCACUGAUGCCAUGGUAAAUAGAGAAGGCAACAUAAAUAAGCAAGAUUACUUUUUGGAUAGACUUGCUCUUCAUGAAGAUUUUAGUGGCUGUGAUACAAAAAGCUCCUGGAUUGCUAAGAAAGAAAACUCUUUUAUAUCUGAGAUUAAUGAAAUUCCAGAGUGCUAUGAAAAUAGGGCUGAAUGUGAACAGAUCACAACCUCUACACUAGAGUCAACACUUUUAUCUUCUAUUGAGGAGAAGAGACUAGCUUGGCUAAAAUCAUUUAAACCUUGGUUUGAAAUUUUCAGUCAAAAUCAACAGAAAAAAAUUGUUAAAAGAAAGAGACCUUUGAAAUGCCUACCUAAUACGAUGCCUCCUCUGAGCACAUUAGAAAUUCUUCAGUAUGGCCAUUGGAAUACUUUACAGCAGGUUACAACCAUUACAUUUCAAGAUUUGCCAGGUUGUAGUCUCUCCACAUUGGCGGAGUGUAUAAAUCUUCAAUUUCUAUCCCUUCGAUGCUGUGGAUUAACUUCUUUACACAGCCUGAAUAACUGCAAAAAACUUAAGUACAUUGAUGUACAGGAAAACCAUAUUGAGACUAUCAACUGUGAAAAUUUGGAAAAUCUCUGUGUUGUUCUUCUUAAUAAAAAUCAACUGAGUUCCUUUCAUGGUUUGGAUGGCUGCACUAAUAUUCAGAAUCUUGAACUUUCGCAUAAUAAAAUCACUCGAAUUGGUGGUUUAGAAUCUUUAAAAAAUCUUCAACAACUAAUUGUGGACCACAACCAGUUGAUUAGCACAAAAGGUCUGUGUGAAACCCCUACCAUUAUAUACCUGGAUUGCUCCUAUAAUCAUCUUACUGAUGUUGAAGGCCUUGAAAAUUGUGGAUUGCUCCAAAUAUUGAAGUUACAGGGAAAUAAUCUAACUGAGCUUCCAUCUUUGGAGAAUCAUGUUCUGCUAAGAGAAUUACACUUGGAUGAUAACAGCAUUUCAACUUUUGAAGGGUUUUCUUCAUAUUGGCUGCCUUUACUACAAAAUCUUACUAUCUCCCAAAACAGUUUGACAAAAAUUAUACCACUUUUUCAUUUUGUUUCUUUGGAAAAGCUAGAUGUCAGCAACAAUUGUCUUUCUGAUCUUACAAGUGCUAUAAAAUGGUUUGAUGCAUGCUGUUCUCUCCGUGAACUCUCUAUCACUGGAAAUCCACUUCUUCAAGAAAUCAACUGGAGGCAUUCUCUACUUGAAGUGUUACCUUCUCUAAAAAUCCUUAAUGGUGAUACGGUAAACUCUCAUUCAGAAAUCCACACUCAAGAACACUGUCAUCUAGAAUCAAGACAUUUGCUUGCAUUUUGUCAGUCCCAAAUUCGAGAAUUCAACUUACUAAGUGAAAAGUAUGUCAAUGGAAAUAGGGAUGUGUUCACCUUAGAUACUGCAGAAAAUUUCUGUUAUUAUUUUAAGAAAUUGAUGACACUUAGUAAUGAAUGCAGAUAUGCACAUGAACAUGGGGAUAUAAGUAUCACUAAGAGAGAUGAAUCAGAAACCCAGAAAAAUCAUUUGGCCAUUCCAAGCAGUGACUUCAUACUGCAAGAUGAAGUCUUCCACUCUAGCACCAACAAACAUAGAACAGACUCACCAGGAAUUUCUGAGCAGUGGAUGGACCCUUGCUUUAAUAAUUCCCCAAUAAGCUACUCCUCUGCAUAUGAAGUUGUGGAAGAAAGAAGCCGGGAAAAAUUAGUAGGCCUGAAGAAAGAAGAUGGUAAGACAAAAAGCAUCCCCACCAAAAGAAGUUCAUUCAUGGAAACAGAAACGACAAAUUCUCUGCUGAGGAAUCACCAGCAUAUGGAACAGAGUGAAAAAAUGGCAGCGGUAGUAAUCCAGGCACACUGGCGUGGUUACCUUGUGCGCACACAGAUCAAUUUCUCUACACGGAGGCAUACUGCUGCAGUAGAACCCCUGCCAAAUUCCUUCAUCAAUAUUCAGACUAUUUUGAAGAAAGAAAAAAGAAAAAAUACUAUGAAUAUCCAAGAACAGAGGGAGAAGGCUGCUGUUCUUAUUCAGGCAGUUUGGAAAGGCUUUAUUUUGAGAAAGAAACUGACAACAGCUCUAGAAGCUAUCAAAAAUGAAGAAUCUGAAGAAGAAUAUGAAGAAAUAGAUUUAGAGGAUUUUACAUUUGAUGAAGCUGCCUUAGAGAAAGAAUGGCUAGAUUUAGAUUCCACCCGCUUCCCUUCACAAACACUGCUUCUCUCAAACCAGCUGCACUGGCCAAAGAUCUCUGGAACUUUGAAAUAUGAUGAUGCCUCACUUAAUUUACCAAGUCAUCCAGCUCAAGCAUGGCUAUGUAAUGACAAAGAAAAUUGUUUUUCAUCAGAACACACACACUUAAAUGGCAGAUCAGAAAAUGGAACUUUAUCCUCGACAUCUGAAUCUAAGACUAGCAGAAAGAGUUUACUAAGAUCUGAAAAAGAAGAAAAAAUUUCAGAAGAAUGGGGAUUUAAGGAUAUUUCUACUGCUCAACAAAUGCUGAAAAGGGCACAGAAAAUGAAAUCAAAGAAAUUAAAGAAAAAAUUAGAUCCCAGUGUGCGCCUAGCAUUAUUCAAAAACAAUGAAAAUAAAGUUUCUGUUAUAAACUCACCAAAGCAGACACCCUCUAAAAGUGAUGGCUACUUUGAAGAGCACAUAAAGAACCAAUUAAAGGAAGAAGACUUUAUCUACAAGGAUACUACUGCAAAUGAAAAAUUAGAAAGGAGUAAAGAAUAUACAUACCAAUGGCUUCAUACACAGGUUGGGGUUCAUGCAGCUAGUUCCAGAAAUAUGAAAUGCAAUCACUUCUUGCCUGAGUUAGAUCCAGAUGUACUUAAUGGUGGAAGAGUCCAACUCGUGGCAAGACUUGUAAGCAGAGAAGACACGGAUUUAGACCUUUUUUCCAUGACCAGUGGAAGUGCUUUGUCUGUGAACAGAGAAAAAAAAAAUCAGGCACACAGAUACUCAGCGGGAUCUUCAAGUAAGUUGUGGUUUCCUUCAGAAUUAAUUUAG